CAACGUCUCUCGACCUGGAGAGCUGCUUCAGGUAUAGACAGCUUCCUCACAAAUAGAAGCACUGCCUAAAGGAGCAGACAACUACGAUCCCGUCCACAGACAGAACGGCUCAUCAACUGCCGUGACAAUGCCACAUCCCCAGCGGCCCAUAUCACGCAUACUCGUCGCCAACCGCGGUGAAAUCGCCAUUCGGAUCCUACAAGCCUGUCACGAACUCUCCAGCCCACCCAUAACAUUCGCCCUAUACACCGACAAUGAUGCUACACAUGUCUCCCUGGGCCGCCCACAUCACGCCAUCAAACUCCCCAGCCCCUCGUCAUACAUGAACGUAGACCACCUCAUUGAACUGGUCAAACAGCACGACAUCGACGCCGUACACCCAGGCUACGGCUUCCUUAGCGAAAGUCCCGAGUUCAGUCGGCGCAUGUGGACCGAAGCAUCGUGCCUCGUCGUCGGACCGGGCUGGGACGUUCUCGACCGCACAGGCGACAAACUCAAGGCCAAGCAGCUCGCAACGGAAUGCGGUGUGCCUGUUCUGAAAGCCAUGACUCGCCCGACCGGAUCUGCCGCCGAUAUCCGUCAGUUCGCUGGCCAGGUCGGGUAUCCGAUCAUGAUCAAAGCCGUCGACGGUGGCGGCGGGCGCGGUAUCAGGCUUGUCAAGGAUGAAAGUGCCCUCGAGAACGCCGUACAGAGGUGUAUAGGCGAAUCACCAAGCCGGACGGUCUUCGCAGAACAGGCGGCCGUGGACGGGUACAAGCACAUUGAAGUCCAAAUCAUUGGUGACGGGAAAGGUGGGAUCAAACAUAUCUGGGAGCGUGAUUGUAGUGUGCAAAGACGUUUUCAGAAGAUCGUUGAGGUUGCGCCGGCGCCUGUAAGAGACAGAAAAAUCGUUGUUUCUGUGAUCGAGUCGGCGGGGAGGAUGGCGAGACAGUUGAAAUAUCUCGGCCUUGGGACGUGGGAAUAUCUCGUCAAUGUGAGGCAGGGCAAGUUCUAUUUCCUCGAGAUCAAUCCGCGGCUGCAGGUUGAGCAUACGAUUAGCGAGUGUAUCACGGGUGUGGAUUUGGUGAAGGAGCAGUUGCUCAUUGCGCAGGGGUUACAGAAGAUGGAAGCAAACACAACCUCCAGGAUGGGAGAGUCGCCGGGCGACGUGGAGGAAGCGCCAAAAUCAGCGUCGAUCCAAUUGAGGCUGUGUGCAGAGGAUCCCUUGUCUGGCUUCGCGCUGAGUAUAGGGAAAGUCAGCGACGUGCAGUUCCCGACUGGCAAUGGGAUCAGAGUGGACAGUCAUUUGUCCCGAGGUGGGGUGGUAGGUGCGGAUUUUGACAAUAUGAUGGCAAAGAUCAUUGUCACGGCAUCGACAUGGGAAGACUGUGUUGUCAAGGCGAGAAGGGCGUUGGAAGAGAUUAAGGUCAACGGUGUCAAGACGAAUUUGAAUCUCCUCAAAGCGAUUGUCGCAGAUGAGACAUUCGCCUCGGGAGACUCAGAUACGAGCUGGCUGGAACAAAACAUCGACGUUCUAGUGCAGAGCGGCGAGAUGAUCGCUGCUGAAACCGCAAGACUCGACAAUGACCUGCCAUCGCUACCAAUGAACAGCACUCAAUCCUCCAGCAUGGGCUCAUCGGGCACGACAUUCAGAAAGGGUGACGCCUGGACCGUUGUGCUCGAAACCCCCGGACAAUCAUCCUCCACGAAGCCACCAGCUCACCAUCUCUCCAUCGACCGCAUAACGUGCAACGAGUUUCCCGAAGCGCUCGUCGCAGAUGUAUCAUACACCAUCCCUGGCGCCAAACCACAGUCCUACAAGAUGACCCUAAACAGCACAACGGCGUCGGCGGAUGCCACUUCUUCCACUCACAGGCGAGGCGAUCCCAACAACAAAGCACACAUUGUCCUUCCCAUGAGCGGGAAGCUGAUUGAAGUGCUCGUCGAGGAAGGCGACACCGUCGAAGAGAACCAGGUGAUCGCCUUUGUGAAGCAAAUGAAGAUGGAACUGGAAAUCCGAGCCCCAAGAGCUGGCACGAUCAAAUGGGCAAUUGAACUCGACAAUGAAGAAGGCGACGAUGUCGCCGAGGGCGUGUUACUUGCCGAACUUGAAGACGAGACCGCGAAACCAGAUAUAAGAUCUAGACUCUGAUGGAUUACUAUACCACGAUCAAGACGGCGCCCCUGAAGCCGCGACACCAGCAUAUCCACUAAACUCCGCC